AGAACUCCCACCCCACCCUCCCCGUGGGACAGGACCCAGGUGUGGGGUGUGUGGGGGGCAGUGGAGAACAGCCCUCGGGCACAGUCAGGAGUCCUCUGUCCUGGGAGGGUUUAAAAGCCUGAGGGCUGUCUUGGCCUCAGUCUGACCUUCCCUCCUGGCGACAGCAUGCGGGGGCUGCUGGUGUUGAGUGUCCUGCUGGGGGCUGCCUUUGGCAGGGAGGACUUUGUGGGGCACCAGGUGCUCCGAAUCUCUGCAACCGAUGAGGCUCAGGUGCAGAAGGUGAAGGAGCUGGAGGACCUGGAGCACCUGCAGCUGGACUUCUGGCGGGGCCCUGCCUACCCUGGCUCCCCCAUCGACGUCCGAGUGCCCUUCCCCAGCAUCCAGGCGGUCAAGGUCUUUCUGGAAUCCCAUGGCAUCAGCUACGAGAUCAUGAUCGAGGAUGUGCAGUCACUGCUGGAUGAGGAGCAGGCACAGAUGUUCGCCUUCCAUUCCCAGCCCCGCUCCACCGACACCUUUAACUACGCCACAUACCACACCCUGGAGGAGAUCUAUGAUUUUGUGGACCUGCUGGUGGCUGAGAACCCACAUCUUGUCAGCAAGAUCCAGAUUGGCAACACCUAUGAAGGGCGUCCCAUUUAUGUGCUGAAGUUCAGCACGGGGGGCAGUAAGCGUCCAGCCAUCUGGAUCGACACGGGCAUCCACUCCCGGGAGUGGGUCACCCAGGCCAGUGGGGUCUGGUUUGCAAAGAAGAUCACUCAAGACUACGGGCAGGAUGCAGCUUUCACCGCCAUUCUCGACACCAUGGACAUCUUCCUGGAGAUCGUCACCAACCCUGAUGGCUUUGCCUUCACCCACAGCAAGAAUCGCAUGUGGCGCAAGACUCGAUCCCUCACAACAGGCUCCCUCUGUGUUGGCGUGGACCCCAACAGGAACUGGGACGCUGGCUUUGGGUUGGCCGGAGCCAGCAGCAACCCCUGCUCGGAGACUUACCACGGCAAGUUUGCCAAUUCCGAAGUGGAGGUCAAGUCCAUCGUGGACUUUGUGAAGGACCACGGGAACAUCAAAGCCUUCAUCUCCAUCCACAGCUACUCCCAGCUCGUCCUCUAUCCCUAUGGCUACAAAACAGAACCAGCCCCUGACCAGGAUGAGCUGGAUCAGCUUUCCAAGGCUACUGUGACAGCCCUGGCCUCUCUCUACGGGACCAAGUUCAAGUACGGCAGCAUCAUCAAGGCAAUUUAUCAAGCCAGCGGAAGCACUAUUGACUGGACCUACAGCCAGGGCAUCAAGUACUCCUUCACUUUCGAGCUUCGGGACACUGGGCGCUAUGGCUUCCUGCUGCCAGCCUCCCAGAUCAUCCCCACAGCCCAAGAGACGUGGCUGGGGCUUCUGACCAUCAUAGAGCACACCCUGAAUCACCUCUACUGAGCUGACCCUUGGACACCCUCCUUGUCCUCUCUGGCCCCACCCAGGCAACCAAAUAAAGUUUGAGUGUACCAGGAACAGAAUCUUGGGGCUUGCA